UCCCCGAUAACAAAAGCGGGCGACAGUGAAGAAGGACGGCUUGCGUUCCUCUCCCUCCGUGAAUCGCAUCGAAACCCGUGCAGCGCGCCCCUUUCACACCAAAACCCCAAAAAGAAACCAUUUUGUAACGAUAUAUUCUCUUCUCCCCCUUCAAAACCGAGGCGAGUUGCAGCCCACCAUUAUCAACCCGCUCCUCCACAGGUAGAGAGAGAGGCGGCCAGAUGCACGCGAAGACGGACUCGGAGGUGACGAGCCUGGCGGCUUCGUCGCCGCCGAGGUCGCCGCCGCGCCGGCCCAUCUACUACGUUAUGAGCCCCACCCAUUCCCACCACGACGUCGACAGGGUGUCCCUCGGCGGCUCUUCCCCCGGUGCCUCCCCUCUCCACCCCCACUACCACCACCCGCACCACCACCGCUACGCUAGCUCCCCCAUCCACCACUCGCGUGAGUCCUCCACCACCCGCCUCUCCGCCUCCCUUAAGUACACCUCCUCCUCCUGGCGCAAGCUCCACAACCACACCGAGGGCCACCACCCCGACGGCGCCGCCUCGUCCGGCUGCUCCGACUCCGACGUCGAGGACGACGGCCCCAUUCCCGUCCGCUGCUAUGUCGCCUGGUUCGUCUUGGGGUUCAUCCUCCUCUUCACCCUCUUCUCCCUCAUCCUAUGGGGCGCCAGCAAGUCCUACAAGCCCGACAUCUUCGUCAAGGGCGUGGUGUUCCGCAGCUACGACAUCCACGCGGGGACGGACCUCACGGGCGUACCCACCAAGAUGCUCUCCAUCAACUCCACGGUCAGGAUCGCGUUUCGCAACCCCGCGACGUUCUUCGGCGUCCACGUCUCCUCCACGCCCCUGGAGAUCUACUUCUCCGACCUCAAGAUCGCCACCGGAUACAUGAAGGAGUUCUACCAGUCCAGGAAGAGCGGGCGCACGGUGGCGGUUGCCGUGGGCGGGAGCCAGGUGCCGCUCUACGGUGGGGGCACGGGACUCAGGAGCCGGACCGAGGACGGCGGCGCUCCGGCGGUGGUGCCGCUCGAGCUGUCCUUCACGAUCCGGGCCCGGGCUUACGUCCUCGGCCACCUGGUCAGGUCCAAGUUCUACCGACACGUCCGGUGCUCGCUGUCCCUGCGCGAGGACCGGCUCGACAAGCCCCUCCGCCUCGCCCACGCCUGCGACUACCACGACUGACGAGACUCCCACUCCCAGAGAACUAACAUGACUCGGAUCGAGUCGAGGUCCGUGAUGUUGUGGCUCUCUUGUCGUUUUAUAGCUGCAUAUUCUUGUUUUCUUCGCAACCGGACGGAGUGUAGUGAUGAUGCAGUAGAUACAGCAAGCCUUGUGUUCU